AAAAAAAAGUGAGAAAGAUGAAAGAAGCAAAGGAAGCCACGCACGCGGAGAGAGGACUUGUCCAGAGCCUGGGUUUGAGUUGAAACACGUGCAGAAACGGCCGUGACCUUUUUGGCGGUUUCGCUUCCUUGGGGCCGCAAUUCCUAAACGGCGACUCCCUCCCUUAGCCGUCGUAGAACCACCUUUUCUUCCCUCUCUGUUAAAAAAAAUUAUUAUUGAAAAUUUAAUCUUUUUUCCCAAACUUGUAUAAAUCCACUUCUCUUUAAGUCUUAACCCAUUUUUUUAUGAGCUUUCUCUCAAAGUGAAUAUAAACUAUCCCCUGAGAGAGAGAAUCUGCAGCAAAUUGAGCUUUUGUUUUUUUUUAAUUUGAUUCUCAGAGAUAAUUGAAGGGCACCAUAGCUAAAAGCUUCAGCCUUUGUUAACCAAUUUGUGUGAAUUUAAAAGAUCUAAUUUUUGGAUAAUUGUCAGUGCUCAUUAAUGGGGUGGAUUUCUCUGGCUAUUCAGCUUUGCAAAGAGUACCAAUUUUAACUGAGGUUUGUCAUUUUCCUUAUUGACUGAUCAUUUUUGCAUUUCAAUAUGAUGAAGAACAAAGGAAACGUCUCCGAUGCUUGGAUUAUCUAAUCCUGAGAUCAUGUUGGAGGGCCCAUCAUAUCUUGGCUCAAGGGAUUUGCCAAGCCCCUGCGAACAAGAGAGCAAGUGGAUUUAUAAUACUUUUCAUGUAAUCAAGCUCUCAAGAAGCAAGCGCCAGAUGGAAGAUGGAGAAGAUCAAAUGGCAAGAAAAGUUCUCAAGCCAUUUGAAGGUGAUGGGAACGAGGAAAAAACGGAGGAUAUGUCCCUUGCCCAAAUUAACCACUGCCAUGCUGGGGAUCAUUCAGAAUUAGGUUUACUGAUCCACCAGCUUGGGCGAGACAUCUCAAUUAGCUGUCUCCUACGCUGCUCAAGGUCUGAUUACAAUGCCAUUGCAUCUUUGAAUAAGGGUUUCCGCUCUGUCGUUAGGAGUGGUGAGCUGUACAGGUUGAGACGCGAAAUGGGAAUUGUUGAACAUUGGGUUUACUUCUCUUGCAUCCUUCUGGAGUGGGAGGCUUUUGAUCCAAUUCGUCACCGAUGGAUGCAUUUGCCCAGAAUGACCUCCAAUGAAUGUUUCAAGUGUUCUGAUAAGGAGUCAUUGGCAGUUGGGACCGAACUUCUUGUUUUUGGAAAGGAAAUAAUGUCCCAUGUUAUUUAUAGAUAUAGCAUUUUAACGAACUCCUGGUCAUCUGGGAUGAAGAUGAAUACACCCAGGUGCUUGUUUGGAUCGGCCAGUCUGGGUGAAAUUGCAAUUCUGGCUGGUGGUUGUGAUCCAUGUGGAAAUAUUUUGAGCUCAGCAGAGCUUUAUAAUUCGGAAACUGGCAAGUGGAUGACCAUACCAAGCAUGAAUAAAGCAAGAAAAAUGUGUUCUGGUGUAUUUAUGGAUGGGAAGUUUUAUGUUAUUGGUGGAAUUGGGGUUGGGAAUUCAAAAACACUGACAUGUGGGGAGGUGUAUGAUUUGAAGACGAAGACGUGGCGGGAGAUACCUAACAUGUUCCCUGCACGAAAUGGGGGGGCUGGAGCAACUGAAGCACCUGCUGCUGCUGAGGCACCUCCUCUAGUGGCAGCUGUAAAUAAUGAGCUGUAUGCAGCUGAUUAUGCACAAAAAGAAUUGAGGAAAUAUGACAAAAAGAAGAAUUUGUGGGUCACGCUAGGGCAAUUACCUGAGCGAGCAGUCUCAAUGAACGGCUGGGGGUUAGCCUUUCGGGCUUGUGGGGAUCGGCUAAUUGUUAUUGGCGGACCUAGGGCUUUAAGUGAAGGGAUGAUCGAGCUAAACUCUUGGGUUCCAAAUGAGGGCCCACCAGAAUGGAACUUGCUUGCGAGAAAGCCCUCUGGCAGUUUUGUGUAUAACUGUGCCGUGAUGGGAUGCUGAAAUGUGCAUACAGUUUUGGUCACAGUAUCUGCUGUAUGAAGUCCUUUUCUACUGGAACUUACAGCUGUGUCCUUCAAGGAGAAAGGUUUCUGGAGAGUGGAUAAUCUCUGCCUUCCUUUUGGAGGAAAUUUCAUGUUUUAAUUUAGAUCCAUAGAUACCAUUAUAGGAGGAGGUCAGGAGAUUUCUCGGCCUUUUUAGUUUUAUCAUGUUUCAUUGUUUUGGGUCUUUUUUUCCUUGUCUUUUUUCUUUUUCCUUGUUGGGUUCGAGAGUCAUUAUUCUACUUGGUUACCAUCAGGUUUGUCAAAAGGCGUCAUGUAGAACAUGCAUAGUUCAAUAAUUUCAAGUUCCAGUGCAUUUUACGUUGUUUUCAAUACUCACAAAGUUUCUUUCAGCCAAAUGUCAAUUCUCUCAUGUUUAUCAAUUACUAGGAUAAUAUGUUAAAGACUUUAGCAAUGGCCUACCAUCUCCAUUCCCCCACCCCCCAAACCACCAUCUACCCCCAUUUCGCACCCGGCCAAAAAAAUAAGAAGAAAGAUUCUUUAAGCUAAAAAGCUUAACUUUUCAGUUUGCAACUAACUGCUCCUUCUUUUUUUGUUAUUGUUUAUACAGCUGCUGCUUCUUUUUUUGUUAUUGUUUAUACAUAUAUGAUAUAUCAUCAUAUUUAUUUCAGUUGAGGACUUCUUGCAAGAUUAGUAGAUUUUAAACUCAUUGUAUCAUUGCAUUAAUGACAAUCUAAUCUGGAUUGUGUUUUACGUAGCUCUGUUGUUCAUGACAAAGUUGUAAGCCGUGGGCAUUCAAGUUCCUCCCCCUACAGUUUAAUGUGCAAGCUUCUAGUAGGAACGUGAAAAUACUUAGCAGGAGAAGAUAAAGGAUUUAUUCUCUAUUUGGUUCAUAUAGUAUGCUAAUAUUUUGGUCAGUUUUAAGAGCUUGCAGAGAACAAAAUUUGAAAUAGAAAAGAAAUAAAAGAUUGUUAAUUUUCCAUAUUAAAAAGUGAAAAUUUCACAAAAGAACCAAAACAGAGUAUACAUAAUUUAUUAGGGGAGAUAUUUAUGUAUUAACAAAAAUCUAGAAAGAAGAAAUAUAUUUCUAAGAUCAAUAAAUACAUCAGGUUUGGUAAGUUUGAAAACAGGGAUAACAUUUGGUUGAUAUGAUAUGGAUAAACUUGUAGGAAGGUUACAUAUGAAUCUUGUCAACUUAACCCAGCCUCCCAAUGGUGUUAAAUGUCUAGGAGUGUAUAGCUUUGCCUUCAGUGAGUCAAGGAACCCACCAUAACUUCCUUUAGCUUAAAAUACAUUAGGAGGGAAAAUAACUUCUCAAUGAAAAUUUUAGGUCAAUUUUAUAAUUCAUUCUCAUAUCGACAUUCAGAUGGUAUUUGUCGAGGAAAUUUUCUACUGUGCUAUUUUAUUUCUGUGUACAGUAUGAAUACAUCAUGCUUUCUUGCAUGUAAUAAUUCAAUUGGCUUUUCUAGCACCAGAACUUGAAGAAAUUUUCAUUAGGCUUCAAUCUGUACUGUUGCUUUGGCACAGUGUCAUUUUUCAAUGAGGUUUAAUGUCUUGGUUUAGCCUUUUUAUAUCAUAUCUCAAAAAUACAGGACACCUGUUCUCGAAUUUCCUGCAAAUGUAUGAGCCUCAGGCAAUAAGCAAACUAUCUUUUGUGAUACUGUUGAUGGGACAUGUUUGGAAAGAGUUUCUUUCCAAUCAAUAUUCUCUAGAAUUUAGAAGAUUGUGGCAACUAUCACUUCCAUGUAUGUCUGAUUCUGUUGACUCUUUGGUUGCAAGCAUGUAGAUGGAUUUGGAUGAUAACAUUUUGUGAUGUUGCACUUCGCAUCCUAACAAAUUUGCACAUUUCAUUAUUGUUUUAUUAGGUUGCAUUAUUCUUUAUCCACAAUUGAUUGCAAAAGUAUAUUAUGCAUUGCUUACUUCAUGGAUUUAUGACUUCAGUUAUCUUUCAGCAUAGAAUUUUUCAUUUACAGAAGGAUGCAUCUGACAGCAAUUGCUAUGAAUAACCAAUCAUUAGCUAUAUUUAAUGUGAAAAACUUUUGUAGAUGUUUGUAAAUUGUAACUCUGUAUUUAUUUGUUAAAACCUGCUUUUUACUUCUUGUGACUUUGCUUUGGGGUACUGAGAUGAGAUGCUAGCAUUUUUUUAUUUUACUUCCCUGUAACAUAAUCAAAGCUGAGGAUUUGUCAAUAUGGUGAAGAUAUCUGUUUCUGUUCUAUGGAUUGAACAAUAUGUAUCUGAUUUUUUGGAAGUGAUCAUUUGAAGUAGGAACUUUUAAAUGACCAAAGUGAUAAACGAUGCAUAAUCAAUUGCAAAGCAAUACCUUAUACCUACAUACAAAAAACUCUGUUACAGGCUUGCAAGAUCGAAGGGCUUGGUGCUGUCUCUUUGACAAUUUACCUGUAAUUU